AUGGUACGGGUGAACGACUCAAACGACACAAAUACCAGUUCCGAACACGAAGACUCUUCAUCAAACUACGUACGGUUGGCUGGCAACGGUCUCCCGGGUGGCGAGCAACAGGCAAGCUCAUCCGGUGUAGCCGCUGCACCGACGAAUGAGAAUAGCAGUCCAGGAAGAUCGAAUCAGCUUGCUUUGCCCUCCUCGUCAACGGCAGCAACCACAUCUUCAAGUCAAUAUGUGAUUCCUCUUGAUGAGAACAGUCACAGAUAUGUUGGACUUGUCAAUCAGGCGAUGACGUGCUAUCUCAACAGUCUGGUACAGUCUCUCUACAUGACACCCGAAUUCCGCAAUGCAAUGUACGAAUGGGAGUACGUCCAAUUGCCGGCACACAUCAAGGAACAGAGGAAGAAAGCUGAGCAGAGCAUUCCUUGCCAACUUCAAAAGCUCUUCCUCCUACUUCAAACCACGGAAAACGACUCGUUGGAGACAAAGGAUUUGACACAGAGCUUCGGAUGGACAUCAAAUGAAGCGUACGAUCAGCAUGACGUUCAAGAACUGUGCCGUCUGAUGUUUGAUGCGUUGGAGCACAAGUGGAAAGGAACGAAGCAUGAGAAGCUGAUUCAGGACUUGUACAGAGGUACCUUGGAAGAUUUUGUGGCUUGCUUGAAUUGCGGCCGAGAAAGUGUCAAGACGGACUACUUUCUGGAUUUGUCGCUUGCCGUGAAGCCAUUUGGAGCCAUUCACGCCUACAAAAGCAUCGAGGAAGCGCUCAAUGCGUUUGUCCAACCAGAACUUCUCAACGGCUCCAAUCAGUACAUGUGCGAGAACUGCAAAAGCAAUCAAGACGCUCAUAAAGGACUCCGCAUCACACAAUUCCCAUAUCUCUUGACAAUCCAGCUGAAACGCUUCGAUUUCGAUUACAACACAAUGCAUCGUAUCAAGCUGAACGAUAAGAUGACGUUCCCAGAUGUGCUGGAUUUGAAUGAAUAUGUGAGUAAGGAGAAGCGUCCGGCGCCUACACCUUCAGCAACCACCACCACCACAACGUCACCACCGAAAUCAGCAUGGAAAACGAUUCCAGCGAAAGACGAGGAUGACGAUAUGGAGCUGGGAUCACCGAAUGCGAAGAGAAGCACGCCAGGAAAUCAAUCUCCGAACCGGUACAGCUCUCGAGGCGAUGAGAAUGGUAAUUUCAGUUAUUCAACUUUUAAAAAUUUAAAUUUCAAAAUUUCAGUGAUCGUUGGCCAGCCAAUCGAUCAUGAAUCCGUGGAGAGCAUUAUGAAGACCAAUGGUGAAGACGUCUACGAGCUAUUCUCCGUGAUGGUCCACUCUGGCAACGCUGCAGGUGGCCACUACUUCGCCUACAUCAAGAACUUGGAUCAGGAUCGGUGGUACGUGUUCAACGACACGCGGGUCGACUUCGCCACUCCCAGCGAAGUGGAGAAGAGUUUUGGAGGACACCCCAGCGGAUGGAAUCAGUCCAAUACGAAUGCAUACAUGCUCAUGUACAGAAAGAUCGACAGAAAACGGAAUGCCAGCUUCAUCCUCAGCAACCAAUUGCCUCAACACAUCAAGGAUUCUCGAGAGAAAUGGAAGAGGCUGGAGCAAGAGGCUGAGGAGGAGCGUCUUCGCAAGUUGAGUCUGAUUCAAGUCUACGUCAAUAUCAACUAUCCAUUCCCGUCGUAUGCGCAUCUCCCGGAAAAGAAGCAACUCGAUUUAACGCCACAGAAGUAUCAAAUCGCCGAUGACUUCUGCGAGUACAAAAUUGAAAUAUCGAGAGAGCAGCCGAUCAAAUCCGUGUUCCAAUGUGCCUUUGAUUUUUUCAAUGAGCGUGCUCGUGCCUACAACUUGCCUUUCUCCAGAAACAAUUCUCGUCUGAUCUACGUUGAACACGGACAGCUGGAAAUGGAUUUUCGGUCUCCAAAAGACAUGGAAAAGAAACUGAGGUCGGUGUUCAGUUCGCAUCACGGUGAACCAAUAUCCAUGUACGGUGUGCACUUCAUCCUCGAUGUUCGUAUUGGUUCUUCAUUCUUUAACAUCGACAUCCAGAAUAGGAUGACUAUAAAAGUACAACGUGUGGAUAUCGGAAAGAAGACGACUGCUAAUGAGCUGACUAUCGUGAUAUCAGGAGAUGAGAAAAUGCUGAAAGUGAAGCAAUGGAUUGGUACUCAGUUCAGAGAUGACAUUCGUGAUGUAUUGGAGGCAAGAGUCGUACUGGAAGCCGCUUCAUCUAGAUGUGAAUUCAUGCUGAUUGAUAGUCAGCAUAAUUCUAAGGAAUUCCGAAGUCUUAUAUCGCAGCACAUGGGACAUGCAACACCUACACUCUACUACGAUGGUGGCAUGAGCACAAUGAUCACAGAAGAGUCGAAGGAAGCAACAAUUGCUGAUCGGAAACUUCCAUUCGAAAAGUCCCAGAUGUACCAGAUCCUUGAUAGAAAAUGCUUCUCAACAUUUGUCAAAGUUCGCCUGCCAUCACAAGAUGAAGUUGAGAAGGCGGCAUCAACGAAGAACGCGUUCCAAGGACCAAGUUGGGAAGAGACUUUGGCCAUCAUGAAAGCGGAAGAUCGACUGUGGAAUGAGCCACGAGCAGCAGCAGUAGAAGUGAUGUCUACAGUAUCCAGAGCCGAGACAACUGAUGCAGUGACUGAAGUAGAUGAUGAGCCUAUCCCAUCCGGAAGAGGGUCUACAGCAUCAAUGCGUUCUGUGAGCAUGGAUGACAUUGAAGGAGACAUUGGUAUAUCCGGAAGUCUGUGCAACAACACACCGCAGAUGUCCCCAUGUGUAUCUGAGGGAGACGACAUUGAUGAGAAGGCAUUGGACGGUAAAUCCCAGCUUAUGGCUGAUUACAUGCAGAAGACAAGUCCCGAAUUCUACUACAAUCGAGAUCCACAGAGCCCUGUGAACAAAAACUUGAAGAUUGCUCUCCACGAGGAGACCCCAUCGGAAGCAUUGUCGGCUGUCAGCAGUGGACAAUCAACACUCGUUCCUUCCACUUCGAAUCAAGCUCUCUCCAGUAUGGCUCGUAGUGCGAUAGAUGAAGCUUUUGAUGCCAAGAUAACAACAGUGUUCUCUCAUGAGAACUACCACAAACUCGACGUGGAUAGUAGAAUGAGAGUAGUCGAGUUCAAGAAAUGGGUCGCCGAGCAGUUGAACAUGGACAAAGAUCAGUUCGUGAUUGUGAAGCACGCGUCGGAUGAUGGAUCGGAUACUGGAUAUGAGACCAACUUCAUGGAUGAUGAAACUGUUUCUGGUGCGUUCCAAUCAUGCUUCAUAUCUAUCAAACUGCGAGCACCAUUGAAGCAGGAUGAGAAGAUGAUUCAAGUCAUUCUGUUUGAUAUGCUUGAGAAUCAGAGAGACAAUUGGAAGCCACUCUUCGAACUCCCUGUAUCCCAGAGCACGGUUAUUGGUGACAUCCUUUUGCAAUGCAUUCGAAUGUACAAUGAGGUGUAUGGAGAGGAGCUCACACCGAAAGCAGUCCGGCUACGUGACGUCUCCACUACAGGGCACUACAAUGCGAAGGCGAUUCUCAACCCAAAUGACACUUUGGAGAAACGAGGAUACAACUGGUGCUCGCACAUCUACAUGCAGAUCGUCACCGAUGAAGCAGUGCUUGGUAAGCCUGGAGAUCCAAUUUUGGUGAGGAGGUUCCGCCCGUCGACCGUAGAAGUCAGUCCGACGCACGAGGUGCUUGUCGAUUCGAAUGCCGAGAAUCCUGUUUUGUCGUUUAUGGAAGCGCUGACUAAAGUGUCUGGAAUUCCACUGGAUCGGCUAGCAAUCACAGAGCCGAAAGAGUUCAAUUGGCAGAAAUGGCCAUUUGUAAAGAGCCGUUUGGAUAUGUUGGAGAACAAAGUGGCAUUCGCCAAGGAUCUCCAUCUCAACUACCCCAGCCCGAAGGAUUUUGUCGAGAAGACUGGGAGUCGAGUUCUCUACUACAAGGAUUCAGAAGAGGAGCCGAGAAUUCUGACGGAGGACGAGCGCAAGCAGAUCAAGAUUAAAGAGAACGGGCAGUCGGCGAAUGCGAAUCGUCGAAAGGAGAGGCCACUUCGAAUUCAGAUGAGCAGUGUGUGUGAAGGCUAA